ACAUACAACAGCCGGUGUUCGCCAGUGGUCACCCACCUGACUACUAAUCUGCCGGUUAGUGGCUUGUCUAUGGGGGAGCAGACGGGACCCCGAAUUUUCCACUACCUAUGGUCGUAUGUGCUGGUGUCUGGAGCAUUUGUGCAUAAUAUAGGUAUGAUACUGGAGCUUGUUUAUUUACAUCUACCUAGCUAA